CUCAUAGCUGAGACCUUUCAUGUCAUGAGUGGCACAAAUAGAAAGAGCGAGAGAUCAGCUGGAAGCUGUGUCUGAGAGGAGCCAGUGAUCAGGAACUGCUUCACUCUACACCUACAAGCACAGUAUCUAGGAUUUACGACAGCAGCAGCCAUACAAGAUGCCCAACUUUGCUGGCACUUGGAAAAUGAAGAGCAGUGAGAAUUUCGAUGAGAUGUUGAAAGUAUUAGGCGUGAAUGCUAUGCUGAGGACAGUGGCUGUGGCUGCUGCAUCCAAACCUUUGGUGGAGAUCAAGCAGGAUGGAGACCAGUUUUACAUCAAAACUUCAACCACAGUCAGAACAACUGAAAUCAAUUUUAAAGUCGGAGAGGAGUUUCAAGAAGAAACAGUGGAUGGGAGAAAAUGCAAGAGUUUGCCCAGCUGGGAAAGUGAGAACAAGAUCUACUGCAAGCAAACUCUUCUUAACGGAGAUGGACCCAAAACACAUUGGACACGAGAGUUAGUGAACAGUCAAUUGAUCCUGACUCUGGUUGCUGAUGAUGUUGUCUGCACUCGAGUGUACGUCAAGGAGUGAGAACACCGACUUGCCAUUUUAAUUAAGGGAAUUUGGUUUAAAAAAAUGGAUUAGCUCCCGAUUCGUAUCUUCACCACAGUAUGUGAUGGUGUAUCAGUGUGACCAACACCUAACAGCCACAUUCCAAGUUUACGUUUUAGCAUUUCUUUGGAUGUAGAUUGAUCUCUUUGAUGUCUGUAAUAGUGUAGAUGUAGAUCAUCAAAGAUUUUUUUAAUGUGUAAUACUUUCAAUUGAAUUGUACACUGUACUUUGUACCUGUAGAAUCACCAAGCCUGUAACUGUACCUAAGAAUUUCUUAGUUAUUAAA